AAUAGCUAAAACACCUCUUUUAGAGAGAGAAAACAAAAGAUAUCAACAAAACAAACAAGAAGAUAGAGAGAGAAACGGAAACAGAAACCGGCCAUGGGUAAAGCAGGCGGAGGCAACGGCGGAGCUACGGCGGCGAACAAGAAGAAGAAGAAAGGCCGGCCAUCUCUUCUAGAUCUCCAAAAACGAGCUCUCGAACAACAACAACAGCAACAAUUGCACCGGAGAUCCAGUCGCCGGAACCCUAGCUCCACCUCCGAUGACGACGACGAUGAACGGAAGGAGAAGAAAGUGAAGCUCGUUGUUCGUUUGCCUCAAUCGUCUGAUUUGAUUAGAUCUUCUUCUGUUAAUUCGGCUUCUUGUGGCUCUGAUUCCAAUGCUGAUGUGGAUAAUCGGAAACCUAAAUCUGGAUCUGGAACUAUUGUUGCUGAUCAUCAGGGUGAAAAGGUUAUGAAAGCGAUGGACUCUCUACAUGGGUCACCAUUGGAGUCUGGACCCACAACACCCCUGCCAGAUAGAAAGAUAUUGUUGUUCAUUCUUGAUAGGCUUCAAAAGAAGGAUACUCAUGCCGUUUUCUCUGAACCUGUUGAUCCGAAUGAGCUCCCUGAUUACCAUGAUAUUAUUAAGCACCCUAUGGAUUUUGGUACUGUUAGGAGCAAACUUGAUGGGGGACUUUACUCAAAUUUGGAAGACUUGGAGUCGGAUGUGUAUUUGAUUUGCUCCAAUGCAAUGCAGUAUAAUUCAUCUGAUACUGUCUACUUCCGGCAGGCGAGGUCUAUACAAGAGUUGGCAAAACGGGACUUUGAAAAUCUGAGGCUAGAGGGCGAAGAUGGUGAAUUACAACCAAAAGUGGUGAAAAGAGGCCGGCCACCUGGCAAGCUGGUAAAGAAGACACCUGGCAGGCCUCCGUUGGACCGUGUUGGUCCUGAGUCUACCUCAGGUGCCACCCUGGCAACCCCUGAAGACAAUACCAACGACUCGACUCCUUACAAUUUAAGAAAAGCACCACCCAUGCUUUAUAGAUUUCAAGCUGAUGGUUUACUUGGCUCACACCGUUCUCGCAAUGGUGAACAUUAUUCAGAAUUUAUGUCUGAUUGGAAUGAAGAAUUUCCAGAACGCAUUCGGAAAGCCGACAUGAAGUAUGGGAAUAAGAAUCUUAUUAUUGACGAGACAAGACGUGACACCUACAAGCAGUUUCAUCCUUCAGCUUAUGCUUACGAGUCUUCUCUUUUAUCCAACUUUGGUGGUGAAAGGAAGCAGUUAAUGCCGGUGGGGUUACAUGCGGAGCAUGGGUAUGCUAGAAGUCUAGCUCGUUUUGCUGCAAAUCUCGGGCCCGUUGUGUGGAAAAUUGCUUCAAAGAAAAUAGAAAAAGCGUUGCCACCUGGCACAAAGUUUGGUCCAGGAGUAGUGGGUGAAGACCCUUCUCCGCCCUCAACGUUUAUCCCACCUGGAAACCCGAGACCCAUACCCGGUUUGGUGCCAGACGGUUUUUCAAACAGACCUCAAACUCCAACCACUUCAGGACAAAAUCCUUCCACCUCAAACCACCCGAAAGUCGAGAUGAUCGAGCACGAUUCCGGCAUUAGAAUGGGCUUGUCGUCUAACCAUGUUAGAAACGGUUUCAAUAGCGGUUUUGGGAGUAUGACAGUGGAACAAGAGAGAGUAGGUGAAGCGGGUGGUGGACCCGCGUAGCCUACUUUUCGGCAGCAGUCUAAUGACAGUAAUGGAGAUGAUAUUUGACUGAUGGAUCGCCAAUGUACGACAUUCAAAGCAUAAUGUACAAGCGGUUGAAGCCAGCAGCAGGAGGAGGUAAUUCUAUAGGGUAGGAAUGAUUCUGUACAGAUGAAAACAUAACUAUCUUUGUAACAUUGGACUGGUAAUUAAUCAGAUAAUCAAGAUUAUGAUGACAAACCUGGAUUAGAAAUAAGAAAAAGAAAGAGGGGUUAUUUUGGGUUGUAAAUUUAAUUAUAUUAUUUGGAGAAAACAAACAGUUUAUUUAGUAGUAGUUUUGAGUUAUUAUUGUUUUAGCUUUAAAUGUAUACGUUGAUCAAGUUGAAUGUUGUACUUAAAAUCUUUAGAUGUAAUUGUUAAUUGGAUAUGCCA